AUGAAGUUUGGUAAAUAUUUGGCAGCCAGGCAGCUAGAAUUGCCUGAAUAUUCACCAUAUUUCAUUAACUACAAACAGUUGAAAAAAUUGAUUAAUGCCUUAACGCAAGAUAAUGUAAGUACGUUAAAGGCUAAGAAUGGUUCCUUCUUCUUCAGAUUGGAGAGAGAAUUGGAGAAAGUCAACCAAUUCUAUCUUGAGAAAGAGUCGGAAUUGAGGUUUAGGUUAGAUUUGUUGGUUGAAAAGAAGAAUAAAUCGAUGGACCACCUAAUCUCUAAAAAGUCAAUUACUUUUAUAUCCUUAUAUGAUGGGUUUAAGAAAUUUUCAAAAGACUUGGAUAGAUUAGAACAGUUUGUGGAAUUGAAUGAAACAGGAUUUACAAAAGUUUUGAAGAAAUGGGACAAGAGGUCGAAAUCUUGUACUAAAGAAUUAUAUCUUACAACAACGGUGAAUGUCCAGCCUAUUUUCCAUCAGAAUCAAAUCGUCGAAUUAAGCGAUUUAGUUGCUAACAACUUGAUGGAAUUGGAAUCAAUAUCUGAUGGCGAUAAAUCUUUCAUUAGGUACGAGGCUAAGAAUAGGAAGGACGAUUCUGACACUUGCAACUGUAUCGAGAAUGAAAAUACAAAUCCUGUUGUUGAUAAUGGAAGUGCCGAAAAUGAUGAUUUCGGUUCAUCCGAUCAGUUGUAUACCGAUUUCUAUGAAAUCACACUACAGAAUGCAAAUUUACCAACUAAGGAACAGAUGCUAAACUUAAAAGAGUGGUCAAACCAAAUCAUCUCAAAGUUAAACGUGGAUACGAAAAAGUAUACUUUUUCAAAAGUCUUCAUGCUUUUAAUCCGUAACUUACAAAUACCCGAUGAUUCAGUAUUACAGUUUUAUGAAUUUUUUAAAGAGUUUAUCGAUCUGAAAUUCAUCGAUGAUAUAAAUAAGCGAACUUGUCUCAUUGAAGUUUCCACUUGUCAACAUAGUAGAAACGAAGUUCUUCAAAUAUGUCUUGAUUCAGAGGUUGAUCCUUCGAUCAAAGAUAUCACAGGUAGAACCUGUUUACAUUAUCUAACAGAAAACGGUAGGGAUGAUAUGCUAGUUACUAUCUUGUCCUUUUUCAAAGACAAAUGGAACCUCUCACAGAUUAUCGAUAUCCAAGAUAAUGAUUCGAUAUCUCCCCUUUUAUUGGCAAUUAUAAAUAACCAUGUUUCGUCGGUGCAAAUAUUAUUAGACUUUGGCGCAAACGGAUUUCCAAAACAAAAUGUUGAAACACCGAUGUACCUGCCUUUAAAUGUUGCCUGUAAAUUUGGUAACUUGGAAAUAGUCAAAUUACUAUUGCUUCAGUAUGGAGCAACAGAAUCCGCUAGAAAAGAAAACUUAUUGACUAACUCUUUCCAAUGUAAUGCAGAGGGUUUAUUGCCUUUACAUAUAGUCGCCUCUUCGGGGAAUAGUGAUCUAGUGCCACUACUACUAAAAUACGGUGCAGAUAUUAAUCAAAUUGAUAAAUUGAACAAAUGGUCAUCAAUCUUCUAUUCAGUGUUUAGUAAUGAUGAGAAAAUGACUAAAACACUUAUAGAGUAUGGUGCUGAUUUUACUUUGAAGGAUGAAGAUGGUAGAAACCCCUUAUACUAUGCAAUAUGGGAAGGUAAUAUAUCAGUUUUUAACGUCCUAUUAGAAUCCAUGAGAAGCCAUCCCUUUCUAAAUGGUAAACUAAGUGAGAGGAAUCUUUCAAAGUCUAAAAUUCAAGUGUCAUCAUUGACUCUAAGUAUGAAUACCAAUGUGGAUCAAUUUAUUGACUUAAACAACCUCGAUACAAUUCCAGAAUUAUCGUUACCACCUCCUAUUAUCCCGCUUAGAAAGUAUGGCCAUAAUUUCCUCGAAAAGAAAAUAUUCCUCAAGCUUUCAUUUUACACAAAUAGGUAUUCGGUAAAAUUGAAUCCAAACGUGUUCAUGGCGUCCAUGCCUGGUAGAAUAACAAUUAGUAACAAUGAUUUGAUUCCUCGAAAUAUCAUGUUACCAGUUUUGGACAAUGACAAAGUAGUAACAUUUCAAUUGGAAGGUAUAGAUGACGAGACGUUUGGUAUUGAUUUUGAGUUGUUUCCGACCUUCGGUACCAGAUUAUUAGCAAAGGCGACAUUGACAUCCUCAAUUCUAAAGUCAGAAUACCCAGGUUUGGGUAUGAGGAAUAUAGGUUAUCUAGAGUUACCAUUGCUUGAUGUUAGGUUGAGAACAAUAGGCUCUUUGCGGUUUACUUAUGAAUUAAUUUAUCCGUAUUCAGGUAAACCAUUGGAGAUUUCAAUGCACGAUACAUAUUGGAAAUUAUCGUCUAUUGAUAAUGAAAAUGACAAGGUGAAGGAGAAAAAUGAAGAUUGUCACCUCGCAUCUUUUGUCACCAGUUCUUCUCUCAAUGGGGAGUACUAUGGUAUAAAUGUCUGUCUAUUACAUGACGGUACUCCCAUUGUUUGUCCCAGGGCAUACAUCCAGCCAAUUGAGGGUGUUAAAUUGCCAAUUUCUAUGUUUAUGUUUGAACAGGUCAGAACAAUGGUUUAUGAAAGUGAAGACCAUUAUCUUAGAACUAGAGAGAAGUUACAGAAUAUAACGUUGGAUGAGUUGAAAAAAGAGUUUAAUGAAAUCAUAAGCCAUGCUUAUUUACCGCUUGAAGAAUUUCUAGCGAUUAUUAACCAUCAAUUGCCUCUUAACCUUGACAUAUUUUAUCCAUCAAUUUAUGAGCUGGCAAAUUGUGAUUUGAGAGAAUUUGCUUAUACUUCCAAUAAAAGAAUAAAUGCCGAUGAUCAUAAUCCUAUGCACUCGACGAACAACUUGAACUAUUUUGUGGAUUCCAUAUUAAAUGAUAUUUUCAAUCAUGUCAGAUACUUGCGAAACAAUAACAUCUCAAAUUCAAGCCGGAAGCUGAUGAUUUCUUCUAAUAACCCCAACGUUUGUACUCUUUUCAACUGGAAGCAACCUAACUACCCGGUGUUUUACAACCUGAAUGGCAUAAAGUAUAAUAGGAGUGAUAAACUAUUUUAUAGUUGCACCGCAAACGGUAUUUCGAAAGGCGAGAAAAACGACACCAACAAGAGUAUAGGAAAUUAUGGUGAACAUACUACGAACAAAAUAUCAAUAGAUAAUAUUGAUUCGAUCAACAAAGAUUCGACAGAAUAUAUUAAUUUGCUAGACUAUGAUGACAAAUUAACAAGGUCAAUCAAGGCAGCCAUAAAUUAUGUGUGCGCAAACAACUUACUUGGUAUCACAGUUCCUGAGCGUAUACUUAGCUUAUGUCCUGAAAUCGUCACAUCAAUUAGAUCGAAAGGACUAAUAUUGGUUGCUACUAAGGACUGCUGUGACGAUUCAAUUCUUUCCAAACAUGAGUAUUUCCCAAGUAGUUGCGAGGACAUUAAUGAUUUAGAUGAAGAAAUCAAACAUCUUGAAGUUGCGAGCGACAUAGUACCGAAUGGCCAUCGUUCAAACAAUGUCACAACUUUUAGUGAUUCUAUAGACAUGUAA